UUUUAUUCAAAUAACAACAUUACAUACUGAUAUAAAUACUUAAUAAAAAUAAAUUACAAAACGACAAAAUGAAGUAUUGAAGAGAGAAGCUUGUAAAGAACACGUGUCAACUUCGAAUCCCACUUGACUCGCAUUGAAUAAGAAUGUGUUCCGGCUCUAAACAGCUGCUGACACUGAUUAGUGAAGGGAAUUAAAACUUUUUUACGCUUUAAUCGCUCGGAUGCUGCGACCAAUGAAAAUCACGCUGAAAUUGACAGCCGAGGUGCAUGGCGGGAGAUGUAGUUGGCGCGUCGCCGGCAGCCCGUCCGCGGCGCUGUUGCUCGCCGCCGCGCAGGACUACAGAGCCGCGGGUCCCGGACAGAGGCGUCCGGCGGUGACAGCGGUCGGUGCUGGAGCGAAGUACGGCGGCACAAACACCCGUCUUGCCCCGGGUUCCUUUCCCGCUCCGCGUCUCCCUGAAACUUUGACAUCCGACAUCAUGCAGGCCGAGUCGGGGAUCGUUCCCGACUUCGAGGUCGCAGAGGAGUUCCAGGAGGAACCGAAAACCUACUACGAGCUGAAGAGCCAGCCGCUGAAAAGCAGCAGCCCGUCGGACCAGCACGGCUCCUCCAAGCCCCCGCUGAGCUCCUCGGCCAUGACAUCACGCAUCCUGCUGCGGCAACAGCUGAUGCGGGAGCAGCUUCAGGAGCAGGAGCGGCGGGAGCAGCGGAGACAACAGGCCUCCCCGUACCCACAAACCACAGCGUCCCAGACCCCCGCCAUCAACGUCAGCGCGCCUGUCAGUUUGCAGCCUGCUGCACAGGUACCGAUGGAGGUGCUGAAGGUUCAGACUCACUUGGAGAACCCAACCAAAUACCACAUCCAGCGCUCCCAGCAGCAGCAGGUGAAGCAGUACCUGGGGAAGCUUGGCUCUCAGGCGUUGAGCUUGCCCUGCCUCAACCAGUCCUCUGACCACGGGGGCAUGCCGCCAGGGCCGGGCAACAGUGCCCCCAACAGCCCUAUGGCCUUACUCACCCUGAACUCUAACUGCGAGAAAGAGAUGGAUGAUGUCAUUGACGACAUUAUUAGUCUGGAGUCCAGCUACAGUGAUGACAUCCUCGGCCUGAUGGACCCAGGACUUCAGAUGGCGAACACAAUCCCCAUGCCGGCUAACCUCAUGGACAUGUAUGGUAAUCAGGGUAUGUCCCAGCAAGGUCUGCCCAUCAGCAACUCCUGUCCUGCCAACCUGCCAAACAUCAAAAGGGAAUACUCUGUGUCACAAUCCCCAGCCAUCAUGCAUAUGCUGGAUAAGUCUGGUUCCUGCAGCAAAUUUGACAACUACCAGAGGCCUGAAGGGUUCCCCGUGGUAGCUGAAGUACGAGCAAUGGCAAAGGAAAGGCAGAAGAAGGAUAACCACAAUUUAAUUGAGAGAAGAAGACGGUUUAACAUAAACGAUCGGAUCAAGGAAUUGGGGACUUUGAUUCCAAAAUCCAAUGACCCGGACAUGCGCUGGAACAAAGGAACCAUCCUGAAGGCAUCGGUGGACUACAUCAGGAAGCUGCAGCGAGAGCAGCUGAGGGCAAAGGAGCUGGAGAUUCGUCAGAAGAAGCUUGAACAUGCCAACAGACAUCUGAUGCUGAGGAUACAGGAGUUAGAGAUGCAGGCCAGAGCUCACGGGCUCAGCAUCGCGUCCUCCACCCUCUGCUCCGCCGACCUCGGGCCCCGGGGCAUCAAGCUGGAGCCCUCCCUGGAGGACUGUCACCAGGACCUGUACACGUUCCACCCACACCACCAACACCACCCGGCCUGCACCCCCGAGCCGCCCGGCGCCGUGGAGCUGAACGAAGGUCACUCCAACUACCCAGACGGCCACUACAGCGCUCACGGCAAGCCCAGCUCCAAACUCAACGACAUCCUCAUGGAAGACAACCAUUCGCCGGUGAGAGGUGGGGACCCUUUACUCUCGUCCGUCUCCCCAGACACGUCAAAGGACAGCAGCCGCAAGAGCAGCGUGAGCAUGGAUGAGAAUGAUCAGGGCUGUUAGCACCCCCUACUGGAAGACUGCUCACCUGCAUCUCCAACUACAUCCUGCUGCAUCUGUUCCCUUCAGCAGCUAACUCGCUCUCAGCUGCUGGAGUCGCUGUCCUCUUUGUCUCAUUUGUGUUUUGUUUUUUGUUUACAUGCGUUGAGUCUUCUUCAUUUUGUUAGGGUUUGUGUUUUUUGUUAUAUCUUUGUCUUUUCAGCCCUUGAUUUCAAAGACUGAUUUUAAAGUCUGUUUGCUUUAAUCAAUACUUUGAUGACAAUGAGGUA